CCAGUGCUGUAUAGGAGAAUGAUAGAAAUUGGGCGGGGCAGUGUUUAGGAUCACGGUACAACCGUUUGCACUGGAUCACUCGCACAGACUUCAACAUCACAAACCCGGGUGUGUUCCUCCACUGGUACAUAAUUGUGUCUUCCUGCUCAUUUCAUGCUCAUAAAUCGUACUCACCCCUCUGCCUCGUCUUCUCUCUCUCGUUGCCAGCACCUGCGAAUUGCUUGUUUGAACUGAAAACCUAGGGUUUUAAUCGAUCCCGCUUGUCGGAUCGAAUUUCAGUUAUCACUUACCGCGAUAUCUAACUGUCUCUAAGAAAAUGCCGUCAGUGUACGGUGCACGAUUGACUACCUUCGAAGAUUCCGAGAAGGAGAGCGAGUAUGGUUAUGUUCGUAAGGUAUCUGGACCAGUUGUGGUUGCAGAUGGCAUGGCUGGUGCUGCUAUGUAUGAACUGGUCCGUGUUGGCCACGACAACCUAAUAGGUGAAAUCAUUCGGCUGGAAGGAGAUUCUGCCACAAUUCAAGUUUAUGAGGAAACUGCUGGUCUGAUGGUGAAUGACCCUGUCCUUCGGACACACAAGCCUCUAUCAGUGGAGUUGGGACCAGGGAUAUUGGGGAAUAUUUUUGAUGGAAUUCAGAGGCCUUUGAAAACCAUUGCAAAAAGAUCUGGUGAUGUCUAUAUCCCUCGUGGUGUCUCUGUUCCGGCCCUUGACAAAGAUACGCUCUGGGAAUUUCAGCCUAAAAAAUUAGGUGAGGGAGAUCUUGUGACUGGUGGAGACUUAUAUGCAACUGUCUUUGAGAACAGUCUAAUGCAGCACCAUGUUACACUUCCUGCUGAUGCCAUGGGAAAAAUCACUUACAUUGCACCUCCUGGUCAAUAUUCAUUGAAGGACACUGUUUUAGAGCUUGAGUUUCAGGGUGUGAAAAAGCAGUUUACCAUGCUUCAGACUUGGCCAGUACGAACACCAAGGCCUGUUGCAUCAAAGCUAGCUGCUGAUACCCCUCUACUCACUGGGCAGCGUGUUCUUGAUGCCCUUUUCCCCUCUGUUCUUGGUGGAACUUGUGCUAUUCCUGGGGCAUUUGGUUGUGGGAAAACUGUCAUUAGUCAAGCUCUUUCAAAGUACUCAAAUUCAGACACUGUUGUUUAUGUUGGCUGUGGAGAAAGAGGGAAUGAAAUGGCAGAGGUGCUUAUGGAUUUUCCACAAUUGACAAUGACAUUACCUGAUGGCCGUGAAGAAUCUGUCAUGAAGCGCACAACACUUGUGGCAAACACUUCUAAUAUGCCUGUGGCUGCUCGUGAGGCUUCAAUUUAUACAGGAAUCACUAUAGCUGAAUACUUCAGAGAUAUGGGCUACAAUGUCAGCAUGAUGGCAGAUUCAACGUCUCGUUGGGCAGAAGCAUUGCGUGAAAUUUCUGGGCGUCUGGCUGAAAUGCCUGCAGACAGUGGAUAUCCUGCUUAUUUGGCAGCACGUUUAGCCUCAUUUUAUGAACGUGCUGGUAAAGUAAAAUGUCUUGGGUCACCAGAACGUACUGGUAGUGUCACAAUUGUUGGUGCUGUUUCCCCUCCUGGUGGAGAUUUUUCAGAUCCUGUUACAUCUGCUACCCUCAGCAUUGUCCAGGUCUUCUGGGGUUUGGACAAGAAACUUGCCCAGAGGAAGCAUUUUCCUUCUGUUAACUGGCUUAUUUCCUAUUCCAAGUACUCAUCUGCAUUGGAGUCUUUCUAUGAUCAAUUUGAUCCUGAUUUUAUUAACAUCAGGACAAAGGCCCGCGAAGUGCUACAGAGAGAAGAUGAUUUGAAUGAAAUUGUCCAACUUGUGGGAAAGGAUGCUUUAGCUGAGGCAGAUAAGAUUAUUUUGGAGACUGCAAAGCUUUUGAGGGAAGACUAUCUUGCUCAAAAUGCAUUUACUCCAUAUGACAAGUUCUGUCCUUUCUACAAGUCUGUUUGGAUGAUGCGCAACAUAAUUCAUUUUUACAAUUUGGCCAAUCAGGCUGUAGAGAGAGCAGCUGGUAUGGAUGGCCAAAAGAUUACAUACAGCCUGAUCAAGCAUCGGUUGGGAGAUCUCUUCUACCGUCUAGUGUCUCAGAAAUUUGAGGAUCCAGCAGAGGGAGAAGCAGCUCUUGUGGCAAAAUUCAGCAAGUUGCACGAGGAUCUAACUGCAGGUUUCCGUGCCUUGGAGGAUGAGACCCGAUGAUUUAGGAGUUUGAAAUUUUGGUUUUGUACGAGUUAGCGGCUAGCACUUUAGUUUCUCUAUUUGUUAGAUUCUAUGAGGAUGCAGUGUUGGUACGUCUAAUGGUCCAUGUUGUGGUGCAUUGUUUGGCCAAAAUUUUAGUUGGAUUGUGAUAGUUGCUAUAUGUACUAUUUGUUAUAUUUCAUUUUCAGUUCUAUUGGGAUGCAGGGGACAUCAACUGUUCCAUGUGUAUUUAUUCAAUAAGGUGUGAAUUCAGGUGAUGCCAUGAUUUAAUUUA